AUGCUCUUUCAGAGCCUUCUCUCCUCUUCCCUUCUCCUGGCUAUCGCCCAUGCUGGUCCAACUGCCUCUAGCCAAGGUCUCGCCAAGCGUGAUGGUUUCCCCGUCUGCGACGACACUUCCAGGACUUACGAAGGUCCCUACACCGACGGCGAAGGAACAUACGUGACUUCCGACCGAACUACUCAUCCCUACAAAUUCCCCAAGGUCCGCAAAUGCUGGUACGACUACUUCGUCCUCGAGACCUCCAAGGAGUAUACCCCAUGGCAGAAAGCCUCCGGCAACAUCUACUGCACCGGCACCCAAGUCUGCACUGCCACCAAGCUCGUCGGCAACGAAGUCUGCCAGGAGCGCUCUGAGAGUAUCAGUGUCAGCGUUGGUGCUGAGAUCGAGGGUUUCAGCCUUGGUCUUGACUUCACUACCACCGACACCGAGUCCAAGUGUGUUCAGGCUCAGGACCUGACUGCUUGUACUUGGGAUGAUGGCGCUUGCCAUACUGUUUGGACCCAGCAGGAGGUCAUGAGACAGAAGGGAUAUCGUCGACAGAGAUGUAACUGGGGUAAUGGAGAUGAGACCCAGUGUAUGGAUAACUGGGAGCAGACUACACCUUCUGACUUUAUCAGCUAUGGUUGCGGAUCCAAGUGCACUGAUACUAAUGAUUGCGGUAACACUGAUGGCAAGCCUUGCUCCAAGUAA